UUGCGGCGCGGCCUGCUCCAGGGGCACAGGGGUACAAAAUCUCCCCAUACACCGACGGUGAAGUUGGAACGGAUGGCGAUCGGCCUGACAAGGAUAGUCAUCCUGGAAAAGAUGGCGGUCGGCCUGGUAAGGAUGGUAGCCGGCCGGGCAAAGAUGGUGGACGGCCAGGUGGAGAUGAUGAUAGUGAUGGCAAUGAUGGCCUCGAUGGUGAUGGUGAUGGUGACAGAAGCUGUCCCACAGAGACCAUUACGAUAAACACUGGACAACCUGAUGUCACGAGCACCAUCACCAUCAUUUCCACCAUCACCGAGGAAGUGGAUGAACUAGCCACGAUCAUUACUAUCACGACCUCUGGUCCUACAAACACUCUGGCUAUCACCGAGGAUGUCGCAGAGACCACGACCCUCACCGAGACCAUCCUCACCCCAGGCCCUGCAGUCACGGACACAGUCACCAGCACGGUUACCGACGAAGGCCCCAACGACCACUGAGGUUGUGACCACUCCAGGUCCGACUAUCACAAGCACCCUGACCACGACCACCGGAGCAGAUACGGUCACUCUCCCAGGCGUAACAACCACCGAGACUGAGAUAGACACCGAAACAAUCAUCGAUACCUUGACCAUCAGUGAUACCACGACUAUCAGUGAUACCACGACUAUCAGUGAUACCACGACUAUCAGUGAUACCACGACUAUCACAGACGCGACAACCUUGACUGAUGCCCUUACAGUCACUGAUAUCCAAACCAGCAUCAACACCACAACAAUCACCGCCACUGAAACCGAAACCGUGACCACAACCACCACUGCCGAUAACUGUGACAACACUGGAGGCUCCGGUGGGUCCGACUAUGGUACUUGCUCUGGCCCUCCGAUUAGAUGGGAGUACGCCCUCGAUUGCCGAACAGAGUACUCGUGGUAUGACAACAACCAGGAUGACUUCCCCCAUGGCUCCUCUACUACCAUUGAUACUCUGACCGACUUCAUCUGUAACCGCCUUAUCAGCCUUUGCAACGCGCCCCAAGCCACAAUUGACCAGUGCUACGCUUCCACCACCGAGGUCUCCAACAGUGACUUGACUGGAGAGGAUCUAUCUAACCUUUGGAACUCUCUCAUGACUGAUCUCGUCAAAUCUUGUAUGAGUUUUGAUUGUGUAUUCAUGGAAUAUUAAGGGCAAAUGGCGUAUGGGUAACGGAGGAUAACUUAUUUUACUAUAAUAAUACUUAAUGAUUGACUCGUUUUCAUGACGUAUUCCGUUGGCUCAUACACUCUCCCAUGAUCGAUUUUCCCGGUUUAAGCGUAGCCAAAACAACAAGACAAAGGACAUUC